CAAGGUCAUCAUCGACCUCUAUUCAGUCCCUUCUGUCCUCAUCUCCAUUUUCUAGAUUUCUUUUCCAUCUGCCUGGUGGGUAAACAUCAUGGCAAGCUCCGGAGGUCACCUCCUCGUCCCCAAGGCGUUGAGGUUGAUCAGAUUCGCCGUCGAGAAGGCUGGCAGGGUCAUCCGUGACAAACUCCCAGAGGCUACUCGUACGAUCGAGGUAGAGGCUCAACCAGCCUAUGCUCGAGUCCAGAGACAACCUACCAGUCGUCUCACUCAAAUCCGUCAAAGUCAAAGCCGUUAUUACAGCACCAAUCAUGCAUCCAAAGACACUGUUCGACAUUACUCCUCUCGAUCAGGCGCCAGUGGACCGAUCUCCAGAACGUCCUUCCCUUCCUCCCGUACUGCAACGGCCGUUGGCAGAUCCACCGGCCGGGUUCCCUUUGCAUCUACCCUUCGACCAAGCCUGACUGGUGGCACGCUCUCCCGUUCCGCAGGCGGCUACGGUCUUGGAAGUGGCCGAGUGGGAGGUGCUCGAUACUUCUCCCAUGGACCAGCUGCUCCUGCACAAGUCGUCCAGAACGUGUCUCAAGCCGUACGGGCAUUCUGGCUGUCUGGUCAAAAGGUUCGCUUUGAUGGACACAAUCAACGCACAGGCGAGAAGCGCUUCCGUGCUGUUUCUACCGCUCAAGAAGAUGCAAGAUACGCGAUGGAAUCUUGCCCCGCCGAUGCUCUCGGCUCUUACAUUGAUUUCAAGGUCAAUCCCACCAUCACCGCUAUUGGUCCUUUGGCUUCGGUCCCACGAUCACCCUCUCCAGUCACCUGUGACUAUGAGGCGGAAAAGGAGACUCUCAAUAACCCCACGGUCAUGUCCAACCUUGCCGUUGACUUUGCCCGUGCUCUCAAAGAACUGGCCGCCAUCAUGAACGAUCUCAAGCACCUGGCAACUCUCGGAGAUCUACCUCUUUCGCUACACAACAGUACCACGUUGCGGGUUCGCUUUCCCGGAUGUGACGCGGACACUGUGGAGAGUCUCUGCCGUGAGCUGAACAUCAAACGAGGGAUUGUGGGACAAGACGAAGGCUUCGAUGCCCAUAACGGCACAGAAAUGGCUCUCUUGUUCCCCUACGCAUCAAGCAAGACACCGAGCGAACUUUGUCCCGAAGACGGUUAUUAUGGAAGACCCACGAAGCGAACCAAGCGUGAUCGAGUCGAAUGGCACGAGAUGCUCACACCCCCUCGGCAACUCUCAGCGGGUUACUCUCACAUUUCGGCAACCAGCAAAUCUUCUCACCCAUUCGAGAUGAUUGACGACGCCAUGGGUCAGAACCCAUGGAUAUCCUCUCCUUCUGGUUAUUCGAGCCUUCAUGAGAGUGAGCUUAAUGGAGACGAUAGCUAUCAGGAAGAUGCUGCCAUGUACUUCUUUCAGCCACAGAGGGCAUCAUUAUACGAACAUGGGCCUUUGCCGGAUGACGUGAUUGAAUAUCAAGGUUUGGAAGGGGUGUAUCGCUUUAUCGAGGAAUGCGAUCGGGCACGGUCUUGAGUUUGUGCCUUUGGCUCGAAUUCGACCUGUCUUGAAUGACCAAUGACGCCAUGGUCGCGUGGAAAGCAGAUGACACAGGAGGACAGGCACCUUCAUUUCUGUCCCGAAUGAAUAUCACACCAGUUAUUGUUUCAUUUGUCUUUUGAUAUUUUGCAGAAAGAGCAUCAUCAGCGAGCCUCAGAAUGAAUGACAUCCACUUAUCACAAAUGCCAUAAUGAUUCAUGCCUAAUAUUGUGUUGCUCUCGUUGAUCUCCUUCAGGCAAAUCCUGUACAUGAACUCUCUUGGGGUGAUUUAGCGACCCGAGUCGUGUGAAUUAGCAUCAUCGAUGCUGGUUGUCCUCGCGGC